GCCCGACGCCCGACGCCCGACGCCCGAGCUCGACCUUAACCCACCCAUCCCCUCAAAGCUUUCUGCAACUGGCAUCCUCAACCCUCAGCUCAUCCCCAAAGCGGUAAUUUCUUCAUUCUCCUCCUCCAUUGCUCUCCAUACGAGACUACACAGUUGGUUUCAAUCGACAUUGUUGAUCUGAUUGAAGACUCCAAACACAAAUUCAAAGGAUUCAAAGUAGGAGCAGAAGCAGCAAAGAUCAUGUCAUUCAUGAAAGGAGAUCUGCUCGCAAGAACGAGAAAGCUCGUUAAGGGCUUGGCUAAGGCUGAACCAGUCUGGCUGAAAGCCAUGGAACAGGCCCCACCUCCAACAUUUCCUCGGCCUGAUGGAAAAGUUAAGAAAAUCAGUCUCCCUGAGGAUUUUUAUAUUCAAAAGUUCUUUCAGAAGCAUCCAGAUUCUAAAUAUGAAGAUGCUAUCAAGAUUAGUGCUUUUAACCCCCCUCCAGCCCGUGUAUUUGGUUGUCGGGUGCUUGAGUUGAAGGAACAGGGAGUCAGUGAGGAAGAGGCCAUGGCUGUAGCCGAUAUGGAAUAUAGGGCAGAGAAAAAGGCCAAAAAGAUGGCAUAUGCUCGACUGAAGCAAAUUGCUCGUCUUCAAGGGAAGAGACUUCCUCCUAACCCAUAUCCUAGUGCUAUCAAGGAGAUACAGGCUGAAGAGAGGAAAUAUGUUCGUGACCGUUUCUUCAAUCCCAAGAUACUUAAAAUUGUGGAGAAGAUGAAAGAGGAGAAAGCAGCUGCAAUGCAGGACCGAAUGAGAGGAGGUGGCUGGCAAUCUCUUUGAAGUGGCAUGCAGUUGGAAUAUUGAGCCAUUUUUUUUUUUUUAUCUCAGAACCUGAGCCCCAGUAAUGUUCUUAGAGUAAGCCAGAAGUAGAAAUAUUUCUGAAGAGGACCAACUAGUUUUAAAAUGAUGUAUGGGUGGUGGGCUUUGAAAUGAUCUAAGCUUAGACCAUAUAUUUUUGUUUUCAUGCCCAUAUUUGUUGGUUUCCUAAUGAGGGAAACUAAUUGCGGAGAUGGGUAUGAAACUUUUUUGAUGUUCUGAGAAUCUACGAAUAAUCGCAGACUUGGUGUCUCAGCUGAAAACAACCCAUAUUCCCUGACAAACAUUCUGUCUUAAGAUAUGCCUUGAAAAAUUCUCUCCUAAUACUAUUUUAAUUUUUAGCAUUA